UGCUACCACUGCUGGAGUCACGUCCGUCAUCCCGGAGUGGUGUUGCUGAUGCUGACCGAUGCUGUCCGCUGUUGAUAUCGAGUGUUAUUUCGCUUCUCGAUAUAUCGUCGCGGUAUCGUCGACGCUGAUAGGAUCUCGGGAUUAUAGGAGCGUGGAGGCGAAAAUUUACGCAGAAUUUCACUGUGAACUUUGAAAAGAAAUACGGAAAAGCAAGAGGAAAAAAAAACAACGAAACUACCGUUCCGAGAAACGAGAAGAGGAAAAUCGCGCGCGUCGACGCGAGUUGCGGCAGCGGAACUGCGGUCUGCAGAUAAACGGCUUUGUGAUUCGUCGGUAGGCGCCUUCUUACGCCAACUACGUGAAACGCCUGAGUCGAAGAUCGAUUAUUAACGCGUUUUUCGUUUAAUAACAUGCGGACAAUUUCGCACUGCUCGUACCUGUCAUCCGCGACGAGUAGCUAACGCGCGAAACCUCGCUGGUUAAUUGCGACUUGAAAUUCGAUAAGGACAAACAUGAGUCUGCCUACCAUCAAGGAUUACUCGCUCCUCGAGAAGAUUGGCUCUGGAAGCUACGCGACUGUUUACAAAGCCUUCAAAAAAGUGCGUGUGUACAUUUGAGGUUAUGUUAUACUAUGUUACGUUAUGUAUUAUUAUGUAUACAAUAUGGAAGGCUGUGAUGAGAGAAACAAUGAUCAAAUGGACGCAAAAACGGUGGAUCUAAGGAUGUGGUCGCAAUAAAAUCGAUGGACAAGUCAACCUUGUCAAAGUCUGCUAUAGAGAACAUAAUCACGGAGAUAAGGCUAUUAAAAAUAUUGAAACAUGAACACAUUGUAGAGAUGAAGGACUUCUUUUGGGACGACAGGUACAUAUACAUUGUGAUGGAAUAUUGCGACGGAGGUGACUUGUCGAAAUUCAUUAAGAGAAAGCACAGAUUGCCAGAAAAUAUUUGUCGCAAAUUUUUACAACAACUUGCGUUAGCAUUAAAAUUUCUACGCAGUCAUAACGUUUGUCAUAUGGAUCUCAAACCGCAAAAUUUGUUGCUUAUGAACACACCGAAACUCACACUAAAAGUUGGAGACUUUGGUUUUGCUCAGUACUUGGCUAAUUAUGAACACAAAUUUGCCAUGCGUGGUUCACCGCUUUACAUGGCACCUGAAAUCUUGCUAGACCACAAAUACGAUGCCAGAGUCGAUCUCUGGAGCGUCGGUAUCAUCAUGUACGAGUGUCUUUUUGGCAAGGCUCCUUACUCUAGCAGCAGCUUUCAAGAACUGGCUGAAAAAAUUAAGGACAGACGUCCAAUUGAGCUCCCUAAAAACUCGUAUAUAACUCCAGAGUGCAAAGAUUUGAUAACUUCGCUGUUGAAGCACAAUCCUUCGGAGAGAAUUACGUUUGACGAGUUCUUUGCCCACGAGUUCUUAGACCUGGUUCACGCACCGACCAAAGACAACUAUGACAAAGCUGUUGUGCUUGUACACAAGGCGGUACAGCUGGAUAGGGAGAAAAAUCAGAAGGAAGCUUUUCACCACUACUGCGACGCUCUCAGAUACUUCAUACCAUUAGUUACCAAUGAGACUGAUCCACAAAGGAAAGAGGCUCUGAGGCUUCGUGUCAAUGAUUAUAUAAAACGAGCAGAGGAACUGAAAAGCGUUUACGCCGAUGACUAUGUGGAUAAUACUGAUAAAACAAAGACAGUCCCAGAGGUGCAGGGGGCAUUGGCGAAGAAAGAGUCCUUUGACAGAAACAGCUACCGCAAAUUAUGUAGCCUGAGCAAAAGUACAGCAGGUAUGUGCGAUGCCUUAGAAAUAGGUGAGAUUGCAGAGCAGUAUCUCUCUGAAGGGAAGUACGAAGUUGCCCUUGAGAAGUUUAAAUCCUGUUUAGAAAUGCUGGUGCCUCUUUUAGCUAAGGAACCACCUGGCCACAGAAGAGACCUCCUCCACAAACAGGUUCAACUCUGGAUGAAAGAAGGUGAGAGUACCAAGGCUCUUUUGGGUACGAAAAAUUUAGAGCCAACUGGAACGCAGACCACCUCGUAUUUAACUGAUCAUCAAUGUACCCUGCAGUAAUAAAGUGAUAAUUGAAUUUA